CAAAAAUGUUACAGGCACAACAUCCCCAAAAUCCAUUUUUUGGAAUGGAAAUAUCCGAAACUUCAUUUUCCGUAAAUAAUUUCAAUGUGCCCCCCGAAUCAGAACCGUCCUACUGCCUUUGCGGGCAGCCCUACAAUCCCGACAUUUUUAUGAUACAAUGUGAUUCUUGCAAAGAUUGGUUUCACAGCAGAUGCUGUAAUUUCAGAGAAUGGCAGGCAAUUGAAAUAGAUAAAUACCAUUGUCCCAGAUGUAGCCCGAUUAUUGGACCUUCAAUACAUAAACCUAUUCAAAAUACACAUCGCCAUGAGUUCUGGGAUCCAAAUGCCUCAAAUAAACCAGUACAAACAGGUACUCCAGCCUUUAUUCAAGAACUAAGAACCCGACAUUUCACACCAGCUGAUGAGAUAAUAAAUAAACUUAGUGGAUAUGAAUUGACAGAAGAAUAUAUAAACAUAGAAGGUUUUCACACACCAAUCAUUGUCAAUAAUAAAGAUGGACUGGAUAUGAUUAUGCCACCAGAUAAUUUCUCGUACAUAGAUGUGUUAAAAUUAGUAGGAGAUGAUAAAGAAAUUGAUGUGAUUGAUGUGUAUCGACAGGCAAACAUAAGAAUGACCCUGGGGGAUUUCAUUGAGUAUGUGGUUAGUAAUGAAAGGACGCGGAUAUUUAAUGUUGUUAGUUUGGAAUUUUCAAAUACGGGGAUGACUCACAUAAUAGAACCCCCUUUAAUAGCGCGAAAACUAGAUUGGGUAAAUACUGUUUGGCCCGAAAAUUUGGAUGGCGUGGCUUUUGAUGGGAGACCUCAAGUUCAAAAAUAUUGUUUAAUGAGUGUGAAGGAUUCAUACACAGAUUUUCACAUUGAUUUUGGUGGCACUAGUGUUUGGUACCAUGUAUUGAGAGGAGAAAAAAUAUUUUUCUUUGUUAAGCCCACACCUGCAAACUUGGCCUUAUAUUCUCAAUGGAUGACAUCCACCAAUCAGAGUGAGACAUUUUUUGGUGAUCAGGUCGAUCAAUGUUAUAGAUGCAUAAUUCGCCAAGGCCAAACAAUGCUAAUACCAACAGGAUGGAUUCAUGCAGUAUACACACCAGUAGAUUCCUUAGUUUUUGGGGGAAAUUUCUUACAUAGCUAUAACAUUAGCAUGCAAAUAAAUUGCUAUGAUAUAGAACGAAAAACAAAGACAGAACAUAAAUAUUUGUACCCUAAUUUCAUAACUAUAAAUUUUUUUGCUGCCCGAGGAAUGUUGGAAGAAAUUAUUAAAAUAAAUAUGGCUGGAGGGGAUAGAGCACCUGAGAAUCUCUUAGUUGGUUUGAAGGCACUUCAGCAGGCUAUUAAACACUGGAAUAAUGAAAAAGAUUACAAUAAUAUUGUAAUGGAGCAAUUGCCCUAUGGUGUAAAUAUAACGAAGCUUUUAAAGGACAUAGGCAAGGAAAUAAGGCACGCUGAAAGAAUAAUUAAUCAAAUAAAUCCUCCAAAACCUGAACGAGAAUCCAAAAGGAAAAGGAAAAAGCCAGUAAAUAAGGAUUUUGUAGAUUAUUCUUUGUCGCCCAGGAAUUUCAACUUUGAUUUUAUGCCUUUACCACCAGCAGAAUACAAUCUCCCUCCAAACUAUUCCAAAACGGCCAGUAACCUUCCAGGAUUAAAAUUGACCUUGCCAAAACCAGCUACGUUCCCAUAUGAAAGAAUAGUCCCCGAAACUACCCAAGUAGUUUAUGACAAUCAACCCUUACCUAGUAUGGAUAACAGCGAACUUUGGAAUAUUCCGUUCGCUACUGAUAGACCCCAGGAAACUGUUGCUGAAUAUAAAGGAGGGACUGUUCUGAAAUUCAAAUUGGGAGCAAAAGAUUUAGUUGCUCCUACUAUAGUACAAACUCAUGAUGUAAAUAUGCCGCAAGGUCCUUAUGGUGAAGGUUUUGAAAAUAAGGAUGUUUAUGAUUUUCAUGACGAUAGUGAUAGAGAUGAAGACUGUAAUUUUACAAUUGACGAGAAUCCAAGCCCGAAGAAGAAAAAAGGUGGUAUUAAAACAAAGUUGCCAGUUACCAAACAAUUGAAGAAACAUAAAUCACCGAUCACGCUCAGCACUAAUGGAAUUGAAUCUCUUUUGCAAGCAUUACCGGGUAGAUCCCAUGGUAGUACUUCACCUUCAACAUCAGAAGCUAUCGCUGGCAUGCUUUCGAUAAGCCAAAACUGGUCACCAACUAGUAAAAAUAGGCGGUAUGAAGCGGACAGCCCAGAGGAAGAUGUGAAUAAUGUCCAUCAAGAUGAAGAGUAUGUCUACCCAGCUUUGGACAACUCUGAUGAGGAAGACAUUCACAUAUUUAAACCUAGGGGCCGUACAAAAAUCGACGAAGCUUGGAACCCUAAGGCGAGGGUGGGACCGCUUUUGCCUAAAAUGAACCGUCCAGCUCGAGAAGGUACCAAAAAACAAGCGGUAGAAAAGGUACUGGAACACGCCGCAGCUACUAGAAGAUCAGCAGAUAUUAUUGCAGAGCUAAACAAGGAGAUAUUGGUGAAACGGCAAUACAAACGUAAGAAGCCAAAACCAAAACCAGAAGUUCAAACACAAUCAAGCCAUUCAGCUGGACCGCUUGUAUUACCUGCAAGUAACAGUGCACCUGUCAACAGAGUCCCUGUCAAAACACCUAAUUUAGUACCACCAUCGAGUUCCAGUGUCGCGGUUGUGAAUAACAGCAUCACAUCUAGCGCUAAGCCCAGAAAAGGUAUGAAGACUGUUAAGCAACGAUUAGGUAAAAUUUUAAAAAUACACAAAAUGAUUCAUUGAGCCAUGUUUAGAUAUUCUAAGUGUUUCUAUUUUUAUAAGAAUAUAACUCUCAGUUGUGGUUUGUUGUUUGGGAGACUUCUUGGCGAUGUCUUGAAGGUAUUUGGGUAUUAGAAUGUUUUUUUUUUUUUAAAUUUAAUGUACAUACAUUAAGGGUGGUAACGUGCAAUAUUUAAUUUUGUAUUAUUAUUAAAGGGUGACUUCUAUUCAAAAAACAUUUGUAAUAUAGGCUGGAUAUUGCUGCAAAAAAAAACUAGCAUUUUAUACAUAAUUGAUGACGUCAGUUUAAAUUUUCAAUUACUUAUUUCAAAUUAAAAUCUGUUUUUUAAUCACCUUCAAGACAUUGAAUAAAAUUUAAGCAAAAAUGCUCACACCUUCAAAUAUUCUUAUCUCAUCGUCAAGCAUGAUUGAUAUAAUAAUACACUCUAUUACGGAAAAGGAUGCGAAGGAUUAUUUUAUAAUUUUUUUUUUAAUGCAUCUACUUCAUUUUUCUGUAUUAAUAUUUGUUUUUAAAUAUUUUUUUAUAUUUUUAUAUAAUUUUAUGUUGUGUUAAAUAUAUAGGUAUAAUAUGUAUUAGAUUUGUGUUUACUAAAACUUUAUGUUUUCUGUGCUGAGGGGUGCCUUCGAAAUAGUGCAAAAUUCAUUUAGGGCAAAACACUUGGUGACUUGCAUGCUUAUUCAAGUGCCCUGUCAUACUAUUACCAUGGGUAAAAUUCGGCCCAUUUUCGAACACACUCCACAUGUUAAAAGGUACGGAUGAAAAUAAUUAUGCAGAAGAAUCCUUGAUUUUUAAGAUUUCUAAUGUUUUGUUUCCUGAGAAAAUACAUACACUGAGUAUUUUUUCGAACCUGUUACAAUCUAACUUUUUUUGAUUAAGCAGGCAUACAGCUACUUUGAGAAGGUAGAUACAUAUUUUGAAUGCCCCAAUUAUGAAUAAUAUUGUCAGAUAACUCCGUAACGCAAAAUUUUCGAUUAUGUUUUAACAUACUUUCAAUCUACUUGUCACGGAGAAAUUAUUCGAUGGUUCAAAAAUUUUAAUCAAAGAACGAAAUGCAUGAUACUUUGAACAUUCUAGCAGUUUAAAUUUUACAGCUUAUCAAAGUUGCAGAAUUGCCUAUUUUCAGCUGUCGAUAUUUCAAAAACAGUGAAAUUUAGGCAGGCAAAUGAGAGAACACAUAUUUUUUUUUAAUGCCUGUUGACCAAAUCUGCGAAAAAGUCAGCAUACUUUUCUCAAUUAGACCAUCUUAUAAAAGUUUGCUUUUGAAAGUAUAUUAUGAUUACAUUCUCAAAUAGCAAUAUAGAGGCUGUCACACUGCAAUAUGCACAAAUUAAUUGCCCACCUUCAAAACAAGUUGGGGCAAAAACAGACAAAUUUGUAUGAAUUUUAAGUACGGGUAACAUGAUACAGUUUGAGUUCUGUUUAAAAUGAGUAUUUGUAGAGUUAUUUUAGGAUAAUUUUUACUUUUUCUUUUUUUCGCCAUCUUUUAUGUAAAAAAUAUCAUCCCUAAGUCAUAUUUUUACAGUGCAUUUUUUUUAAGGGGCUGUAUGUGGUAAAUUUUCAACCCUAUUUUUUAUUGAAAGUAAAAUGAUUGUUUGAUUGUGCAAAAAUGCAUUUGAUUAAAAAAACAAGUGAAACAUUUCUUAAAGCUUUUUGGCACAUUAUGGUAAUCUUCCAUUUCUACCUGCCUAUAGUUUCAGCUCUUUACCCUUGAAAAACCUGGGACCUAAUAUAGAGCUAGAAAAUUCACCAUUUAAAACCCUGAGGCCUGUUAAAAAAUACUCUAUGACCUAGAAAAUUGUGUUUAACUAUAAUAACCUUGUACGAAAGAAAGUUUAACAUACCUAACUGAACAAAAACAAAGUUUUUUUUAUAUAUUUAUUAUUUUAGUUAUUAUUAUUGAAAUUAUUGUUGCAUGUUUUUUCAAAUAUCCCUAUGUUACAAAAUAAGUGGAACUUCAUGUCAGAACUGUUUCAAUUGAAAGGUGAAAUCCUACUUUUUCUGUGAAAUAUUGUAUUUUCAACUUUAUUUAAAAAAUAGCAAAGGUUUAAUGUAAUAUCUUUUUCAUAGGAUGUUUCUUCGAAUUUUAAAUAAACUAUAGUUUUUCAGGAUUGAUCCUUUUAAUUUAAACACUUCUAUCUACAUUUUUUACGCAAGUAUCGUUUGAUUUUUAGAUUGUUUUUUUUGCCAGCAGCUUUAAUAAGUAUUAAAAAUUCAGCACUUUGCCUUAACUGUUUCAUUCUACUUUAGUAUUGUGUGAGAAAUGAAAUCAUUGGCAAUUCUCUAUAAACUAUAAAGAUUCAUAUAUUUGUGAUAUAUUCUAAUAAAUUUGCUUUUGAAGAAGAAAAAUCUUCGAAAAAAUAUGAAUCGAACAAAGUUUUUUUGUAGCUACAGCAUAAUAUUUUUAUAUAAUAGUAAGUAGAACAUAUUUUAGUUUCUAAUUAUAAUGUAGUAACAUUGUAUGGCAUGAUAAAAAGGUUCUAGUUAUAAUUUAGCUUAACAUCGUAUUUGUAUUAUAUGUAUAGUACCUAAUUCAAAAUUUCUAGGGUAUCAUAUUCAGGGAAAUUUUAAAGUUUCUUUUCUAUUGUAAAUAAAAAAAAUCGUUCAUUUCUGUGAUCUUUGCAAAAUCCGAUUUUGCAUUAUAAUGUAAUCCAAUAACUAUUGUAUAAAGGCCAAUAUUUUCACUUUCGUGAUUUUUUUAUUCUUAUUGGUUAAUGUUGGUCAUGCGAAAAAAAAGGAAAUUUAAUUCCCUCAAAAAUAUAUUUGGCUUUAAUGAAAAUUGAUCAAAUUGUAAUAAAUUGUUUUUUGAUUAUA